GGGCAGGGUUGAGGGUUAUCACCUCCAGUAAUGGUCAAAGUCGAUUGUUUGAAUGAGAUUGUCAUGGCCUAGCGCUUCUACUAAUCGUCUCGUUCCGUCGUUCCCUUUCCGCAAGAACAGACGUGUAGGCGAGCGAUGGACGACUUGACCAGUAGUAAAGCAACCUUCAUCCCGAUGUGGCAAAUGACAGCAAUAAUGGAUUGAAUUUCAAAGAGGAAAGGGACGUAUCGUGGGCGAAUUCGCUUCCGCCUCCUGUUCGAUGCCCUUCUACAACUUUGCCUUUCCGGGACGUCCUCCAACAGGUGGCGGCCGAGGCGUCGGCGGUUGUCGACUUGUACGCGCUGCCGUCGCUGAUGAGUCGGUCUUUGCAGGAAUCGUCACAGAUGCUGCUUUUAUUUUAUAUUCUGAAUCGGAUUGGCUGGCAGAAAAGUUUGUUUAAUUAUUAGAAGAAACUGGCGAUCUUGAACUGCUUCAUUUCAUGGUUUGAUGAGAUUUCUAAGCUUUGCUGCUGGAAUUUGAUUGAUAAGGUGCUUUUCUUGCUGGGAAGUAAUGGCAGAAGAGGAAAGCUCUUGGUUGAGGAGGGCAAAUUUCUCUCACACUAUUUACCACAGGUUAGCACUGGUUCACCUAUCUUCAGUCCCUUUGCUCAUGCCACCUGAAAGCUGUCUGGAAUUGAAAACGAAAAGGACUGCAGAAGUGUUACAAUCGGCAUCAUUCUCACUGCCUGCCCGUCGAAGAACUGAAUCAAAAGCAGCAAGCUCCUUGUCUCAUUCUACUAGUUUGCCAUCAUUGAGGUCAUUGUUGCAAGAUAGCCGUGAGCUAGAACUUAAAUCAGAAGUGUCAAAUUCGAUUCCUUCAGCUUCUUGCUCUCCUCUGAAGAUUGAUAAUCAUAUUGGUUUCAAGUCAAAGGGAUCGUGUAAUGUAGAAUCCUCUGGCCUUUCUGUUAGUACUGAUCGACAAACUCUACUCGGUAUGAAGAACAUAAGUUUAGGUUUCAAGCCAGGGACCUUAAACCGCAGCAUGAAUAAACCUUCAGUUCGGUUUCACUUGGAUUCUGAUUCUCAGAGUUUUACCCCAUUUUCUUUUAGGGAAGGACACAAUUCUAAACCAAAGCAGAGGUCUGCUUCUCCUCUUCCUACAACCCGCCUUUCAGACACCUUUAAGGAAGCAAUGGCUAACAAGAAGCGGUUCUCGACCCCACCGCCUAGGAGGAAAGGGUCAGACAAGAAUGUCUUAAGCAAGUUGUUUUUGAAAGAAGGCCACACGAGAGUUCAUUCAUCAAGGCAUGCAGCUGACCAUCUGCACAUCUUCCCAAGGAAGGGGAGAGAUAAGCAUAAUAAAAGUCACAGGGAUACUUCAUGGACUAGAUACUUUGAACAUGGUGUUAGGAAGGUAAAUGCUAUAGAAACUUCUGAAGAAUGGAUGGUCGAUUUAUCCCAAUUGUACCUUGGGAAUAGGUUUGCUUCAGGAGCUCAUAGCAAGUUAUAUCAUGGUAUCUAUAAAAAUCAGCCUGUUGCAGUUAAGAUCAUCAGACAACCUGAUGCUGAUGAUGAUGACGACGAAAAUGGCCUCAUGGCUGCACGUUUGGAGAAACAGUUUACAAGGGAAGUCACACUCCUUGCCCAUCUUUAUCAUCGAAAUGUAAUAAAGUUGAUAGCAGCAAGCAAAAGGCCUCCCGUCUUUUGCAUUAUCACUGAAUAUCUGUCAGGAGGAUCCUUGAGAGCUUUUCUUCACAAACUCGAACAAAAACCUCUCCCUCUGCAGAAACUUUUAGCAUUUGCACUAGAUAUUGCCAAAGGAAUGGAAUAUAUUCACUCACAAGGGGUCAUUCAUAGGGAUUUGAAGCCUGAGAAUAUUCUUUUUGAUCAAGACUUUUGUAUAAAAAUUGCUGACUUUGGAAUAGCCUGUGAGGUAGCAUACUGCGAUACUUUAGCGGAGGAUGCUGGGACAUUUAGAUGGAUGGCACCUGAGAUGAUUAAAGACAAACCUUAUGGGCAAAAGGUUGAUGUUUACAGUUUUGGACUAGUGAUGUGGGAGAUGCUAACUGGAAGGGUCCCUUACGAGGAAAUGACACCUAUUCAAGCUGCUUUUGCAGUAGUUGAUAAGAACUUGCGACCUGUUGUGCCUCCUGAGUGCCCUGCCGCCCUUCGAGCAUUGAUCGAGCAAUGCUGGACACUCCAUCCAGACAAGCGACCUGACUUUUGGCAAAUAGUGAAGGUUUUGGAACAGUUUGAAUCUGCUCUCGCACAAAAUGGCACACUUGAUACGGCCACAAACAUGAACUGCCAAGAUCACAAGAACCGACUUCUUCAAUGGAUCCAAAAGCUCAAGCCAACGCAUGCCAACGACUCAAGUUCUCCGACAACUCCCAGACAUUUGCAUUCAAUGCCCAAACUUCUGUAGCUCUCUCUGUGUUUUUGAUCCUUAUGGUUACUUUGCUCUGUAACUGUUUUGUAUAAAGCUAGGAGUCGAUAAGUUUAUCCUUU